AUGGGCCGCAACCAAAGCUUCGGCAUGAAAGAGAUGUCUAAAUCGAACAUGCACAAGCCUGAAGAGCAAAUUGGCUUGCUGCAUGCACCCACAGACGAUUCCCAAUCUCGAAGCAGCGAAGACCAAGAAAACGAGUUGGAACCGCGCUGGAGCGACAAGCACGACGUUUCACACCAUCACAUUCAUCGGUGGCCAUGGAUCAGGCCCGUGACCGUCGUUUCGCUUCUUAUAUGUACAGUCAUAGCCCUGGUGUAUCGGGGUCUGACAAGUACCCGGAAUGAUACAUCCCCCUCCCUUGAUGCUCAUCCUGCAAGACUUCGACCGGAAGAAGACUACAUACUCUCCUCAUCAUGGGAUUUCAACGCACCACCUACGACCCGAGAGUAUACAUGGGUAGUAUCCGAUCACAUUCUCAGCCCAGAUGGCGUGUAUCGACCCAUGAUACUCAUCAACGGCACCUUUCCUGGACCGCUUAUUGAGUGCAACGAAGGCGACGAGCUUGUUAUUAAUGUUCAGAACCAAGCUAUCAAUGCUACUUCUUUCCAUUGGCACGGUCUCUAUCAAAAUGGCACGAAUUGGAUGGACGGAACGGUGGGUGUGACUCAAUGCCCUAUUGCGCCAGGCCACUCGUUUACAUACCGAUUCAACGUAUCAGGGCAGACAGGAACGUACUGGUACCAUUCGCACGUUAGCAUGCAGGCGUCAGAUGGUUUGGUGGGACCUCUCAUCAUCCAUGCCAGGGGAGGGAAAGAGAAAGAUAAAUUGCAAAAGGUGCCGUACGAGCAAGACCGCGUAGUCAUGGUAUCAGACUACUACUACGACCUCUCUUCCGACCUACUCAUGCAGUACCUCGCCCCAGGUAGCGAGAACGACGAACCCGUUCCGCCAUCCGCCUUGAUCAACGGAAGGAACAUGCGAGACUGCGCCGACUUGCCGAAUCGAAACUGCUCUUCAUCUGGCAUCAGCAAUGCCUUGUUCAACCUAUCUCGUACCAGCAACACGCGACUUCGCAUCAUCAACGUCGGAGCAUUCGCAGAAUUUGCUUUACAAAUCGAUGAACACGAGUUCCAAGUCACAGAAGUCGAUGGCACGGAUGUGCACUCCCAGUCUAUCCAUCGACUGAACAUCAAUCCGGCGCAACGAUACAGUAUCAUCGUGACGCCACCAAAAGAGGAAGAAAACCAAGGCAUGUACUGGAUGCGUGCGAGGAUGAUAACCCACUGUUUCGCAUAUGAAGGGCCAGAACUACAAGAAGAAGUCAGAGGCGUACUAUACUAUCCAUCUGCGGACGACGAGGACCCGAAAAACCUCAUCCCAACAAGCAAAGACUGGCCCGAGAUCAUCGACGUAGAAUGUCGAGAUCUAAACACAUCCACCCUAGCCCCCGUCAUCGCAGUACCAGCCCCAGAAAGCGAUCCUCAGCACACCCUCUACCUGCGCUCCUCGUUCCAAAUCCGCGACUGGAGGCUCUCGCGCGGGUAUCUGAAUGACAGUUCCUUCCGCAUCAAUGCUACAUCACCGCUUCUAAACACUUUGCUCUCAACACAAACCCCCGAGAUGAAGACGCAAGAGGGUAUACUAGACACACACCCCUUCGACUCAGUUCACCAGCUCAUCUACCAAACCAAAUCCACACGCACCAUAACGAUCUUGAUACAGAAUCUCGAUGACGGAACCCACCCCUUCCACCUGCACGGCUACAAAUUCUUCGUCUUGGCUCAGGGACACGGGUAUCCGCCUUCUACUCUGCUCUCCCCUAGUCACGUUGACGACCACAUAAAUGUAACGAAUCCGUUAAGGAGGGAUACGGCGAGUGUGGAGGCGUAUGGGUGGUUGUUGAUAAGCUUUGUGGCGGAUAAUCCGGGCUUGUGGUUUUUCCAUUGUCACGUGGGAUGGCAUGCUGAGGCGGGGUUGGGGAUGGUGUUUGCGACGAGGGUGGAGGGGAUGAGGGACUGGGAGGUACCAGCAGAAAUUGAGGGGUUGUGUGGGGUGGAGGGGGUGGAGAGGGGGAUGGGUCCGGAGGAUGAGGUCUGGUUUGGGAGGAGUAAGGAGGAAGAGGGUGAUAUGCAGUCGUAG